UCGAGUGCCGGCGUCGGAGCCGUAAAUUGCGGGUGAUGUAUAAAAGCCGAGCGAACAGCACACCAGUCAUACAGUUCACAGCGAACAACUAAGGAAGUUAUACAUCCAUCCUCCUAGCCCGACUAAACCAGCUCAACCAAGCCCAGAAAUGCGUGGAUUCAUUGUCUUGUGCCUCUCCGCCAUGGCGCUGGCCGCGCCUCAAGGCUACAACUACAAUCCUGCCCCAUCCGGCUUUGGCGGAGUCAGCACCGCCAGUGGCGGGUCGGCCUUCUUCCAGGGCAGUGCGCAGGCAGCUCCCGUGCAGCAGCAGACCUUUUUCCAGCAGCCAGCUGUGCAGCAGGUGCAGCAGGUCAGCCACCACCACCACCAGCAGCAGCAGCAGCAGCAGGCUAUCGUGUCCAAGCGCUUCUACAUCCAUUCAGCUCCAGAGGAGGCUGAGGACUACAAGGAGCGUCACAUCACCGUAGGCGUGCCCAAGCGCAACUACAACGUUGUGUUCAUCAAGUCGCCGCAGCGCAACAACAAGAAGACCAUCAAGAUCAGCCCAGCCUCCAAUGAGGAGAAGACGGUCAUCUAUGUUCUGAGUAAGAAGGGCGAGAGCGACGUCCAGGCCGAGGUGGUUGAGCAGGCCAGCUCCACCAGCAAGCCAGAGGUCUUCUUCAUCAAGUACAAGACCCAGGAGGAGGCAGCCCAUGCGCAGCAGCAGAUCCAGGCCCAAUACGACGCCUUGGGAGGCAGCAGCCAGCUGACCGACGAAGGUGUGGCCCCCGUGACCUCCGUCAUUGGCGCCUUGGGCGGAAACGAUGGACAUGUCGAGGCUGGCGGUCUUGGCGGCACUGGAGGCGGCCAGAUCAUCUCCUCUGGCUCCGCAGGCUCCUCGCACACAGGCAAUGCCUAUCUUCCGCCCAAUUUCUAAACAGUUGAGCUGAGCAGGGAAUUUCGAAU